ACAAAUCCUCACUUUAAACAGGGAGGCGUAAACACUUGGCUCUUGCCUCUUGAUGUUGUUGUUUGAGGUGAACACCCGAGCCAUUAGGUGUAUCGCUGCCCCCGGAGGCCACCUCAUCACCCAGUCCGUAUUUGCUUCACCUUCCCCUGAGUCUCUAGACAAAGUAAAACACAGGGAGCGUGGGCAGUGAUGGUGAAAGCUGCCUGGUGAAGCACUGGUGCCAGGAGAGUUUGUCAGUGAGGGGCACAGCCAGGAUUAGAUUGAGUUAGACAAGUCAUGUGAACUCCCAUGUGAGGCACCGCCAUGUUCAGUGACUGGCCCUCGGAGCUCGUCCCCCAACAGGGCUGGGGGGACGAGGCUGCCAUCAGUGCUUUCAAGGAUGCAAUACCCUGGACUGUUGGAAGAGACUUUGUGGCAGGAACAGCCAAGCAUCUUGCUGGAAGUCUGGGCCUCACUAAGCCUGGGCCUCCCACUAAGAGCAAAAUUAUUCAUGACAAACAGUUACAAGUCCUCAUGCCAGCUCUAGGUCAUGGAUUGAGUUUUCCUCUGUCGGAAAUUGACAUCCUACGUGACUGUGUCAAUGUCUACUGUGAGUGGCUGUCAGCUCUACUACCCAAUCCCAAAAGCAGUGUUCCCAGCCCAAUACUCAAUGAUCCAAACCACUAUGCAAGAAUUAUCAUCAAUCAUUUUUAUUAUUUGUUUGUCCCACGAGGAGCUCAAGGACCUGACGUCAUUAAUCGGCAAGCUGUGCUGUGUCACCGUGUCCUGCGUACACUACAGAACAUAGCACAGAACUCGCCUUAUCUCAGUGAAGACACUUGGCAGACACUCCUAAUGUUUCUCCUCCAUAUCAACUCAGCACUCUUGUCUCCACCCACUGUUAAAGUUCCAGAUGAGAGUGAGGGUGCUCCCAGCUCCACUCUAAGUCUAAACUUUACUGGAGAUGUGGCUGAGGAUGCAGGAGAGCAGCUGUGUGAGAGGGUGUUGAGUGUUCUGUUUGAGACAUGGCUGCUGGCUUGUGCCCGCUGCUUCCCUCCACCACCACUAUGGAAUGCCCUCAGAGAGAGCUGUCAGAGGUGGCGCCACCGGGCCGGCCUCAUUGAACAGUGGAACAGGAUCAAUUUUGCUCUAACACGCAAGCUCAUCUGCUUCAUGUAUGGCUCCUCCUUCCCUGAAAUCUCUAUUUCUGAGGAUGACUUGAACAUCAUUCCCACUAAUAUGAGUAAGGACUGCAUUGCUCAGGUCUGGUACCGCAUUUUACACAUAAUUGGCAACCCUGUAGAUUUGAGUCGUCAUACAGUCAUCAGCAAGACUCCAGCUUUCCUGAAAUAUGCCAUUUCCUCUGCACUUGUGAUUGAACCCAGCCAGCAUCCCUGUCUCCAGAUGUUGCCUUCAAUCUUUCUAACUGCAAUGAAGGGCAUUUCAGGCUUAGUUGAUGCUUUUCUGGGUGUUCCUAAUACCUCACUGGAUAACCUCAACCAAAAGGGACGACAGAUCUCACCAUCAUCUGUGUCACUGUCAUCAGAAAGCAAAGAUAAUGCUGCUCGGUUGUUGGCAAAUGGAAGACCCAAAUGCAAUAGUAUCUUACAUCUGUUUGGCCCAUGGCUGUUUGAAGCUGCACUUAUCAACUGUAAUUUACAAGCCAGCCCUGGAUCUCAACACAAGUCAGAUGCAGGUGGAGGAGCAAGUUCUGGGGCUCGCAGGCCUGUGUCUGGGUUUGGUGGAGAGGUUGCCAAGAAGACCACUGAUGCACCAGCAUCUGGGGACCAUUCUGAGCGUCUUACUAACCUGAUGCCUCAGCACUUUCAGGGAGGCAGAGCUGAGGCCCUUGGUGCCCUGUGCAGGAUAUUUUGUUCCAAGAAAACGGGGGAAGAAAUCUUGCCAGUAUACCUGGCUAGAUUCUACAUUGCCCUCCAUCAAGGACUGCGAGAGUCUGAUACAGCCAUCUUGUCUCCCCAUGAGUCCAGUCAACCACCAACACAAAGAUACAGCACAAAAGCUGGAAUGUGUAGUGAGACAGCAGCAAGUGUACUGGUGAAUGGGGUGGACCUGUUUCGUUUGGACCUUCAGGGUGUAGUGAGCCUUGUCCCAAGUGUUUUGGGAGUACUAGAGUGUGUCCUGCCUGAGGGGGAGCUCAGCACACCUUUACAGCUCCCUGUCACCUUGCUUCGCCGUGCUGCCACCCACAUCCUCCUUUCCAUCCUGCCUCUCCCUCUUCACUUCCAGGGUCUCCAGGUGAAGGAAAUAGGAAAUAACAGUGGAGAACGACUGGCUUUGUCACAUCUCCGACCCCAGCUAGUCAAUCUCCUCACCAAUGCAUUACAAGUGGAGACUGACCCUUCUAACACACAAAUGCUUCUUGGUGGGCUGCUCUUCUGUGUUCAAGAUGCAGCUCUCUGUGAAGUAAUGGACUCCAUAUCACAGCACAAUUUCUCAACAGAUAGAGAUCAUAACAUUAUGUCCUCAGGUGCCUCAGACACUGUUAGUUCGCAUGGUGACUAUAACAGUCUGCUGGAUGAAGCCUGUGAGGUGCUGCCAGAAGGAGGCCUUGGACAGAUGUCAGCCACAAGCUUUCCUUCCUCCUCCACAACCACCACAACACAUGCAACCAUGUUGACCACCACAGAUGGUGAAGCUACACCAAUUUUAGAAGAUUCGGACUCUGCCCAUGCCCUGUUUGUGCGCUCCAUCUACCUGGUGUGCCACAGACUCAUAUCAUCCUGGAAAAGUGAUGUUAACGUAUCUUUAGCCGGGUUGGAGCUCCUGUCUGGCUUGGCUCGACUGAGUAUUGCUGAACAAGAUGGCUUAGAGUGUAAGCGAGCUGUAAAGUGGCUAUGUGACUACAUAGCCUCCCAGUGUUACAGACCACCUCGGGCACACUCCAAGGACCUGCACUCAACAAUAGUUGCUGCUUUUCACUGUGCAAGUGUUUGGCUUGUUGCUCACCCCUACCUGCUGCAGGACAAAGAGUGUCUGGCAACAGUGCUGGAGGUUGUGGAGUUAGGCAUCUCAGGAUCUAAGUCACAGGUAAAAUCAAGUGAUGCUCCACGCCUGAAGCACGAAAAAGAGCUGAAACCUGCCAGCAUGCGAGUGAGAGAUGCUGCUGAAGCAUUGCUGUCCUGUGUAUUGUCUCAGGUUGGCACAUUUCCUUCUGUGUGUGGAGCUGAAUCCCUGUCUUCUCUGCUGGAUGAGAUGACACUAUUGAGGCAUUGCAAUACCUGGGGAGGCUCAGACCAGCUCACCCGUGACUCAGCAGCUCAGCACUUCAGAUAUUUUGUGGCCCAAAACUCCAUAAUGCUUGCCCUUCUGGAGCAACCUCUCGGCAAUCACCAAGUUUGCACCCUGCCAGACCCCCAGCCAACAGUGACAGCUCUGAUAAGAGGACCAUUUGGGAGGGUGGCUUGGACCAUGCAGUUGAGACACCUUCCCAGACACAAAUCUUCAGCCAAAUUAUACACAGUGAACCCUGGACGACCACUUCCCAUGAAUGAUGUGGGAAUAAAGCACAAUGUGAAGCCAAAGUAUUUUCCUGAUAGCGUGGAGAGAAUACCUCUCUGCAAAGCAGACAAGUCUGUUCCAUCUCUAGAGAGUGUCAUUAUGAAUGAAGAGAAAUCUACACUUGAACAUGAGAAGCUUCUCCAGAUAUUGGACCAUCAGGUGAUUGCAUUUGAAGAGAAUGUUCAGCGUCAGGUUGAGAGAGAAACCUCAGAGUACCCUGAUGUGGAGACAGAGUGUGUUGCUCCUUCACUCUGCCACGAGUUCCAGACAGCACGCCUCCUCCUCUCCCACUUUGGCUUUUUGUCACUGGAUGCUCUGCAGGAAUCUGUUGAGUCAGCAGUGCCAUCUCUGGUUGCCCUGGAUUCCAGUAUGGCAGGGUUUGCACGAGAUCUUGAAAUUCUUGACAACACCAACAACCGAACAGUAGACACUGCUCAUGUGUUCUAUGUACAGGCGGGUCAGACUGCUCCACUUGAUAUACUGUCUAAUGUGGUGAGUUGUAGUUCUGUCCAUCCUCACUUUAUGGAGUUUCUCAAUGGACUGGGAUGGACUGUCAAUGUCCACCAACACCCUGGCUGGACCGGCCAUGUCUCCACUGCAUUCUCAGUCACUCCGCAGUCACAGGAAGGGACCAUUGACAGUAACCAUGGAGGCAGUGGCUUCAGUGGAAAGACUCAUGUACUGUAUUGGUCAGAUGCUCUCAGUGAAAUGGCAUUUGUUGUCCCUGCCCCCUCUCAAGGUCUGACAGCUUGCCAUCCUUCGAGCUCUGGCAAUAUCAACACAGUUGGUUUGGUGUUGGACUCAUAUGACAAGGCUGUAAGUGGUGGAGGUGGUGGUGGUUCUGGCAGUGAGCGCUCAGACUCCCUGCCUCCAUGUGAUGCAGACGUGGAGGGUAGCUCCUCCAUCUCCUCACAUGCUUCACAGACAUCCUAUGGCCAGGGAAGUGAAAACAGGAGUAGAAAAUUUGGCCGACAGACAAGUGCUGUGGCAUGUAGUGACCACAAAGUGUACAUUGUGUGGCUGGAAAGUUUUGAUGACUGUUAUACUUUCCCAGCACUUGAGCUGCUUCCAGAGACAGUGACUGGUCUUGAAUCCUCAUCUUGGAAGGACAAGGAGGCCAUGGUGUACAUAAUAUUUAUUCAUGCUCUUACCAAUGGUCUCUUCAGGAUAAGACUGCAAGGGCAGAAUGCAAAGCUGAACAUGGCUGGUCCUCUUGUGGAUGGGCAGGUGGUGAGCAGGAGGGUCCUUGGCACACUCGUAAGGCAGACAGCGCUCAACAUGUGUCGGCGGAGGAGACUUGAGAGUGACAGUUAUCAGCCACCUCAUGUGAGAAGGAAGUUGCGGAUCCAGGAAAUGGUACAAAAGUACAGGUAUGAAAUGAAUGAGCCAGAAUUUUAUACUCACUUGUUUACAAGUCCACUCUGUUAGGCAGGGUGCUAGUAUCUGUGUAUAGUAGUGCUUGAAUCAUCAUGUAUGCAUUUUUUCUCCAUUUUUGCAGUUUCAUGCAGUUCCACAUAACUACAUAGUUUUAUUUAUCAUAAUUUACCGCAAAAGUAUGUACGUGAUGAGCAGUUUACUUAACAGACUGACAAGAUAAUCAGCUUAAAAUUGCUAAAGAAUCUCUCUCUCUCUCUCUCUCUCUCUCUCUCUCUCUCUCUCUCUCUCUCUCUCUCUCUCUCUCUCUCUCUCUCUCUCUCUCUCUCAUCACAUAUCUUUAUUCAAAGCAUAUACCAGCACAGCCAAUAGUUAUACUGAGUCUUAUCAGAACCUUUCAUCAAUUUUGUUUAUUUAAAAAGUUACAGUUUUCAACAAGUAAAACUCCAUUCUUCUCUGUAUUAAGCUGUUCACAUACAUAUACAGUGAAACCUCAGUUACUGAACAUCUCCCUUUCUGAAAAAUUCAGUUUUCAAACAAAAACUUUAACUCAUAAUUGUUUCAGUUGCCAUACACUAAUUCAGUUUUUCAAACAAAGUUACUUGAUUUCAGAUACUAAAAGACAAAAAAAAAAUGCUAUUUAUUAUUAAUUUAUAGUCUAUAAAUAUUUCCUUCAUUUUUAUAUAUUUGGGGGAGAGACACUUUGAGUAAGACUGCAAUUCAUUUUUUUAAUUAAGUUAAAUGUAAUCCAUUGAAUAGCCUAGAUGUAAACAAACAAGGUUCAGGAGUUCAGGAGUAAUCCCAAGCCACCUGUGGCUCUCUUGAUGACCCACAAUGCCAUCACUACUUCAACUGUAUUUUCCCAGUAACUUUUCCCCACCAGCAAGAUGUCCAAGUGUUAUGAUCACCUUCAUUUUGGCAGUGAGUGGGUUGCUCCUCUCUGUGUCACUCUGUAAGGCUUCCCUCACUUGAUCAAUGACAAAGAGAAUACCUUCACAGUCUAAACAAUAUCUUAUGAAGAGUUCUGUGUCACUAAAUUCAUUCAAUACAUCCCUUCUGUAUAAUAAUUUCUGAGCUGGAGAUGUUGUGGAGCAGCCAUCUUAGCAAUGGGAGCAUCUGUCAUAAGCCGAAAAGAUGGGGUGAUGGGUGUCCAGAAACACAUUAAUACAUUUUACAUUGGGGAAAAUAGUGUCGGUUUUCAAACAUUUCAGAUUUCAAACAGCAUUCAGGAACAAAUUAAGUUCAAGAACCGAGCUCCCACUGUAUUUGGUAUCUUAAAAGUUAUAAUUGACUUAGAGAAGGUAAUGAUUGUAUGUUCAGUUGAUUACUAACAGUAAUACUGAUUCAGAAACAAUGAAAAAGUUUUGAGUUGUUUUCAUAUGUUUAAACACUUUGCAGGUUGUGUCGUAAAAAUCCUCCAGCAGGAGUGAAUAAUGUAUGAAUUUGUUAUUGUUGAAGUUUUCUGUAUAUUAACCCAAAGACUUUGAAAUUUAGAAUUUACAUUCCUUUAUAGGUAACUUGUAUGUUAAUAUGUAACAAAAUAAUUUGUAUAUGUUGAAAUGAAUUCUAAGUUUUCAGCAUUUUGGAAAGAUUUUUUGUGGCACCAAUAGACUUGGAAAUGCAUGAAAUUGACAAGUAUUGUAAGAGCUUAUAUAUAUAUAUAUAUAUAUAUAUAUAUAUAUAUAUAUAUAUAUAUAUAUAUAUAUAUAUAUAUAUAUAUAUAUAUAUAUAUAUAUAUAUAUAUAUAUAUAUACACAAACACACACACACACUCAUACACCCUCCAUUCACAAUCUUAGCCCCAAUAAGCAGUGCAAAGUAUGUUAUGCAUGAGGCAAUUAUUGUUAUCCUGAUAUGUUCUAGAUGAUAAAUUGCAGAGUUUAGAGAACUGUAUGAUCCUGUAUUGUAUAAGUUACUCAGAAAUAGGAGGAGGCAACUGCUUGAGAGUUACUUUCAAGAAAAAAACAAUAAAAAACAUUAAAGAUAUUCAAAUAAUUUAA